UGUCCUGGCCCCAAGCGUCUUCUUGUUGAUGUCUUCGCUGUAUCUCCGAGUCUGCCCAGGCAGUACGCGAAAUUAUCGCUAACUCUUACCUCUUCCAAUCUCCUGUUCAUCAGGUUUAUUUGGAAGAGAAUGUUCACAGCAUCCAUUAGCUUCCGUUUCCUGAUAUUUUGCCCAUAUGAAGCCAGUCUUUCCGUUGCAUCCAGUCAAUUGCGUGGCCAGUAA